AUGACGGCGGCACCCGAGCCCGCGGCCGUCGGCGGCGGAGCGGCACCGCCGGUCGCUAGUAGGGUGUGGGAGUGGGAAGGGAAGGUGGCGUCGGCCGUGGCCGAGGCGACGGCGGACGAGGCAUGGGCGCUGCUGUCGGACUUCCUGGCGUUCCACCGGUGGCACCCGCGCGUGGCCGCGUGCCGGCUGGCGUCGGGCACCCCGCGCGCGCCCGGCUGCGUCCGGUACUGCGAGGGCACCACCACCGCCGGCUCCAGAGACCCCGCGGACUGGGCGCACGAGACGCUCCUGGAGCACGACGCGGAGCGGCGGUUCUUCCGGUACGAGAUGAACGACAACAACAUGGGCUUCGGCCUCUUCUUCGCCACGUUCCGCGUCGCGCCGGGCGCCGCCCCCGGCGGCACGGGGUGCGAGCUGCGGUGGGAGUUCGAGUGCGAGCCCGUGCGCGGCACGCCCAGGGACGCGCUCGUGGCGCGCCUGCAGGCCGGACUCGACGGUAUGGCGGCGCGCGUGCGUGACCACGUCCUGGCCGCGCGCGCCACCGGCAGCGACGCCGCCGCCCCUGCCGUGGUGGCCGCGGGGCUGGAGGCCGCCGGUGAGCUCGUCGUCGUCAAGCUCGACAGCUCCAUCGCUGCCGUCUGA